AUGAUUCUUUCUAUACUGUUUUUACUAUCCUUGUUACCUUUUGUCAAGGCUGAUGAUGAUUGGGAUGAUUUCACGAAUAAUCUUGCUACGGACUUGGCUCCUUUGAUCACCUUGUUCGGCGAACGACUUACGAAACAAUUCCUCUCCGAGUCCAUAAGCACUCUUGAUAAUGUAAUAUUCGCCCUUUCACCACUAGGGGUUUUGACUGCCGUCGUGUCGGUGAUCAGGGUCUGUGGAAGUUCUUCCCUCAGGGCAUUUGUCGGACGAGCACAAGAAGGUCCUGCUGAAGCUGAAAGCGAGCUGCUUCCUUGUGUCUCGGAGUCCACUGCGGAGGUUUUCAACGAUGGCGGCAUUACACGAGUCUUUGGCCGGCCCAAGAUCGUGGAGAUAGUUGCUUGGGAGGAUGUAGACAAGAUCACCGGAGAAAAGGAGACGAAGAUUGGCACUUUGAGAGAUGCUCUUGAAGAAAAGGCUUGGUCUUGCAAUAGCAAAGUUUCACCUACUGACUUGCCUGAACUGGACAUGCCUAAUCUGUCAUUGAACAAGGGAAUCAAAAGGAGAGAUCAAUUUUGGUUUCAUUGUGCUGCAAUACUUGGUGGUAUACUGCAGACUGGUCAGUGCUUCUCCUCCCUUGAGCCUGAAAUGAUGCUGACGAUCCAAAAAGGCACUGUUGUUUUUGCUACACUCACGGUGUUUGUGUAUCCUCAGCAUUUCCAGAAAAACGAUAAAGCUGUCGCUCCAUACGCAUUCCCGCUCUAUAUAAUCGGGACAACCCUUCUGUUUCUCGGAAUGUUCUUCUGCGCAUUCAUCAUGGAACGUUCCUCAAAGGAGUUCUAUCUCAAAGCAGAAAAGCCAAGCAAGAUAUACUGGCUGCAGCCCGGUAAUCAAGACGUGGGUGACCAGGUCUUUAAUGCUUUCUUGGCCGUCAAUGAAGGGCCAGAGUCUUCAAUGACGGACAAACUCCGCUAUACCAAAUCGAUCAGAGAUCGAAGAUUUGACAGGAAGUAUUUGGAGACUUACUCUACCCUCAUAUCGACAAUUUUGGGAUUCAUAUGUCAGUUCGUCGGACUGAGAGGUCUCCAUUCAUCUGUCACCCUAGCCCAACUGGGAUCAACAUUCCUAAUGGCUAUUAUACGUACCUGUCUGCGCACGGAAAGAAUGAAGCCAGAUGAAAAUAAGAUGAAAGACGACCGGGAACUCACGUCUCACAAGCAGCAAGAGAUAGAUUGUUUUGCAUUUUAUCUUGAGAAAGUAGAGUCAUUUGAACUCGCCUCGAUCCCAGAUCGGCCACCAAAUAUGCCUUCACAGAGAUUCACGCCCCAUCUUGGAACACCUCUGGCCAAACAAUUAAUCCACACCAGAACCCAGCUCGCGAGGCUCACGACUAGCUCAAGACAAAGCCUGGGUGUUGACUGGAAUGGAAUGCCUAUUCGCCGAAUUGCCUCCAACCUCGCAGAGACGAUCGAGUCGACGAUGGAUCUAAUGUCGAGUUGGGGAGUUAACCUCGGAAAGACCUUUGAGUUCCGACUUGGCUUUAAGUGCAAGGGACCCUCUCCAGGCUCUGUCACUGAAGCUCCGGGAACGUAUUCAAUUGGUCUCAUCCGAAGCGGUGAUGCUCUGCAGUGGAAACUGGAUGUCGCCGAGCUAGAAGCGGUUCUAGGCUUGUGGACUUGGUCACUUUAUAAGUCAGAUGAAAACUGGCAGAACUCAACUCUUUGCCGCCUCAUUGGAUUGAGUGAAGAUGAGGCAAAAAAAGAUGAAACAUUCCUCUACUUUUACAAAUGGAUCUUCAGGCAAACGGAAGCGAGACUAGUACCAUCUGAAGGAUAUGAUAAUUCAUCACGCCUGUUCAGUUUCGAGCCCAAGAGCCUUCCCUAUGAUGGGAAAGUCCUGGCUGUCAGGACAGAUAAUGAGCUCGAGGCUAUGGUAGCCCAGGAUAUCUACAUUCAAUUCCUCAAGGAGGUCUUCCUCAACUUGGAUGAUCUGGGCGGGGACGUUGAUGUUAUUCCCGAAUUGCAAAAUUCAUUUUUAGCAUCUAGUACCCGCAUUGAUGAUCUCAUACGUUGCUUUGAGAACAGCAAAUUGGGCUCAAGAGAGGAUGCACUGCUAUGCAUUGUUCCCGUCCUCAGGUAUCGGCAUCUCUUACCAGAUCUCGCUGCAGACUCAACCAAGGUCAGGGCGCGCAGGGAGCGGUUGAUCGAGAAAGGUGAUUGGAAAGGUGCCUUUACGCUUGUCCGUUGGAUUUGCCAGCGAUCAGACGAUUCCCAGUUUGAGAGAUCAGUCCAUGAACUGGGGUUUCUUUGCCGCCGGGCACUUUCGGACAGCAACAAAGAUGUUCGCAAAAUAGGAUUCGAACAGACAUGUGAGCUUCUCACGUCUGACAUCAGAGCUGAAUUCCUUCAAGUCCACAACCAUGUGCCACCCUUACAACAGUCCGUAUCCGAUGAUCGUAUCGAAUGGUGGAACUCGUUCUCACGUCAGCUUGGGUGGAUUGCGUGGAACCUUUCUGCGAAUGUUCCAGGAAUGGAAUACUGCAAACCCAUUUUGAGAUCACUGAAUGUAACGGAAGAUCUACAGGGGUCAAACGAUCAAAACCAAGACCCAGACAAAAUCGAAGGGGCGAUUCACGCACUGAAAGAUUGGCUCACGUUGUAUAAGCUCGAUGACAUUGACCGCGAAGGAGACGGGGAGGAUGAACAAGCAUGCCUUGAAUGGCUGGUCAGGAACAACUUCCAUGCUUUAUUGUAUUUCCUUCUGCUGCGAUGGGUGGAGCUUUAUGAAGACCUUCCUAUGCUUGUUAGGAUGGGGUACAGUUUUGCAGCCCGGAUUAGGUCUCAACGAGCACUUGACAUACUUCGCCGACAGGGCGCAGAUAUUGAUAUGAUAGAUCCAAACAAUUGUUCCGCGUUAAGUGAUCUCGUUUCCACCCAUGAUCUCGAGGGAACUCGACUGCUACUGCAAAAUGGAGCCAACCCAAACAUUACAGCGCAACACUCGGGGAUCAGUCCACUUGCAAUUGCUGCUCAUGAAGGCCAGGACGAUAUUGUCGCAUUACUUCUACAGCACGGAGCAAACAUUGAUAUUCUAGACGAGGUCGGCCACACUCCCCUACAUUGGGCAUGCGAAAAGAAUAGUCUCGAUACUGUCCGGCUGCUAUUAUCCCAUGGCGCAGAUAUUGAGGGGUCUGGCCAAAGAACACCGCUCCUAUCAGUCGCCAUGAAGAACCAGCUUCAGAUGGCUGAGUUGCUGAUCAAAGAAGGAGCGAACGUCAAUGCUCGAGAUGCCGGAGGCAACAAUGCACUUCGACUCGCUACCCCUGCAAUGAAUCCGAUUCCGAUGCUCCAGUUGCUCGUGGAUAACGGAGCCAGGCUUGACUUGCGGGAUGAUCAAGGGAAAACGGCUUUGGAUUACGCCCUGCAAACCGGUUAUACUAAGGCACUGUCCUUUUUACGCCAGGUAUCUGAAGGGGGGACCAAGGAGCCGUGA